GCAUGCGAGUGCCCCCCCGGCGCUAUGGCUAGCGGCGGCUCUGGCAAGUCCACCAGCGAGGCAUCCACCCCCAGUGGCGGCGCGUUGCAGAGGAAGAAGCUCAUCUCCAUCUGUGACCACUGCAAGAUCAAAAUGCAGCUAGUGGCGGACUUGCUCCUGCUGUCCAGCGAAAGCCGGCCAGUCAACACCGAGAGCCUGUCGGCCUCUGGGGAGUCUUUCGAGAAGUGCAGGGACACCAUCAUUGCCCGGACAAAAGGCCUGUCCAUCUUGACUCACGAUGUCCAGAGCCAGCUGAACAUGGGGCGGUUCACCGAGGUGGGGGACAUCCUGGCUGAGAUGGGGGACCUGGUGGUCUCUUUGACUGAAUGCUCUGCCCAUGCUGCUUACUUGGCAGCGGUGGAGACCCCAGGGGCCCAGCCUGCCUCAUCUGGCUUGGUGGACCGCUACAAGGUCACCAGGUGUAAGCACGAGGUGGAGCAUGGCUGUGGUGUCUUGAGAACCACCCCGCUGGCUGACAUGAGCCCCCAGCUCCUGCUAGAGGUGUCCCAGAACAUGUCCAAGAACUUGAAAUUCCUGACAGAUGCCUGCGUCUCGGCCAGUGAGAAGUCCAAUGACAAGUUUGCCAAGGAGCAGUUCAAGCUGAGUGUCAAAUGCAUGAGUACCAGUGCCUCGGCCCUGCUGGCCUGCGUCCGGGAGGUGAAGACUUCGCCUAGUGAGCUGACACGGAAUCGGUGCAUCUUGUUCAGUGGGCCCCUGGUGCAGUCUGUCUAUGCUCUGGUGGGCUUUGCUACUGAGCCCCAGUUUUUGGGCAAAGCGGCCACCAUCAAUCCAGAGGGCAAAGCCGUACAGACUGCUAUUCUGGGGGGUGCUAUGAGCGUCGUUUCAGCUUGCGUCCUCCUCACCCAAUGCCUCAGGGAUAUAGCCCAACACCCCGACAGUAGCUCCAAAAUGACUGAAUACAGGGAAAGGUUGAAGAACUCUGCUUGUGCCGUCUCCGACGGAUGCAACCUGUUAUCUCAGGCACUAAGAGAAAGAUCUUCCCCCAGGACUUUGCCGCCAGUGAACAGCAAUUCUGUGAAUUAAUGUUUUUCCAUUUACAUAUUACAGACACUGCUAAUGGAAACAUCCUCGGUCUCCUUUCCCGGCUCUUGUUUUGUAUAUACCAAAGAAUUUGAGUGAGCCCAAACCUUUAAUUUCUCAGAAUUUUAAUUUUUGGCAGGGUGGGGCAACAAAGCUAUGCCAUUUAAACGAUGUGGAAAUCAUCAGUAUUAAAUGGCUGAUAUUUUUUGGUGGGGGAGAUUUGUUUCUUUUUUUAAAGUAAACCUCCCGUAUUAACACCUACAAUAAGUUAAAGUUCCAUAAAUGAAGAGGUGGGAGAAUCCUUUUUAAAAAAGAAAAGGCUUUAAUCGCGCUGGGUGCGGUUUAAAAAGUUUGGGGAGGGUCUUGUUUUCCUUUCUUUUCUUUUUGUCUUCCAAAGUUUCCCUUCUAAAUUUUACUGUUCAGUCGUGCAGGAAAAAAAAAAGUUACCUCAGUUUUCCUACAGUCCGAAAGAAAUGAAACUUUAAGAAUGGAUGUAGCUACUUUUUGUUUUGUUCAGUUGUCGUUUUGUAUGAUCCCGUUUGAAACAAGUGUUAGAAGUGCAUUUGCUGUGUUGCGUGGAGGGUGGUUGUAAUUUCCAAUUUGGGGGAAAAGCUACUGUGAGUGUUUUUUAAAGUAGGGGGGGAUUACACUAUAACAAAACAAUUUGAAGAGGGUUUUUUUUCAGUGUCAGUUUUUUUUAAAAGAAAAAACUUUGCAUGUACUGGAGUAUUUAUUUCAUCUAUUAAAAUGUUAUGUUUCUCAGAUGA